CUUUUUCUCAUAACUAAAUGUAUAUAUUUCGUCAAAUCAAGGAAUACGAGAUCACGGAGAUGGCGAUUGCGAAUUUUUCAAUGAUCUUUUGAUCUGCGAUGUUUGUUUGGAUAAUAUAUCGGGUUCUCUUCAUCGGUGAUUAUGGGUUUCUUUGUAUCUCGGUUUUAAACGGAGGUGAUUUGGAUUUCGUUUGGGAUCUGGUGGAAAAAGGGGAUCCGAUGGUUUGGAGGAUUAAUAAUGGCGAUUUGCUGUUACAAGGAAUCUCAGAUUCGGCUAAUCCGACGAAGGUACUCUGUAUUCCUCCUAUAAAAAGGUUUUUUUCCCACCAGGUUUCAUUCUUUGAAGGUGGACUCUCAAAAGGCUAUAGGAUUAUGGUUUUGGUAUCAAGGCAUAUGGGGUUCCUUUGGUUCCACUUUGGUCGUUCUCAUUAUCAAGACGGAUGCUAUUUGGUGGUCUUGGUCUUUUAUGCUUUGGGGGUGGGACAAGAUGUGGCUAUAUUCCAAGCAUUGUGAAGCAAGUCAUGAAUUUGUGGGGAUUGUACAUGGUGAUCAUUGGUUGAUUAUAUGGAUUGGGAUACCAUUUUUUCAGUUUUCGAAAUGGAACAGUGUGGUGUCCUACGGGUCUUUCCUUCUUUGUUUAUGGAAAAUUUCUGACAUUUGGUUUUAUAAGUAUAAUUCUAUUUGGGUAUUUUUAAACUCGUUAGUCUCUGGCCUUGAAUUGAUGUCCUGGUUUUUUAGGUUUAUAAUGUGUGAAUUAUUA